AUGAAUAUCAACGUCAAAAUACUUAAGGGACGACAAUGCUGUGUCAAGAUUUCUCCCUUUGACUCCAUUCAGAAGCUGAAAGAGUUGAUAGCUGUCCAAAUGGAUAUCCCAGUUGCACAACAGAAAUUAGUCUUUCAAGGAAAAAAUCUAUCAGAUGAUAAAACAAUUGAUUCAUAUCAGAUUCCAGAAAACGGGAAAGUAUUUUUAGUCACAAAGAAAGCGGAUGAACAAGAAAGUAAUAAUGACACUUCCAGCCAACAACCGACACAAUUUUAUGACAAACUGCGGCGCUUUCUACGUAGACACUUCACAGAUACAGAUGCCGAAUUGGUGUUGAUAGAAUUCAAAAAGGAUUUUGAAAGCCGCCUGAACAGCCUAAGUAGUUUAGGACCUACUACUCAUUGCCACAGUCUGCAGCAUGUGGCGAAUACUUUUGUCUGCAGCACUUGUUGCUGUGGUGGCGGCUGUUGA